AUGCCCGGAUUUUCGCAGGCCACCGAGCUCAAGGCGUGGCAAGCUCUCGUUGAGCACCACAACACCGUGGGCCGCAACAUCGUCCUCAAGGAAUACUUCGAGAAAGACCCUCAGCGAUUUGAGAAGUUCAAGAGAAUCUUCAAGAACGACGCCGACAACAGAGAAAUCCUCUUCGACUUCUCCAAGAACUUCCUGACCGAAGAAACCUUGGACCUUCUCAUCAACCUGGCCAAGGAAGCCAAUCUGGAACAACUGAGGGAUGAGAUGUUCGCUGGUGAGAAGAUCAACUUCACCGAGAAGAGAGCUGUGUACCACGUCGCUCUGCGAAACGUGACCAAUCAACCCAUGGCUGUCGAAGGCAAGAGUGUCGUCGAAGAGACCAACUCGGUCCUAGAACACAUGAAGGAAUUCUCAGAACAGAUCCGAAGUGGUGAAUGGAAAGGUUAUACUGGGAAGAAGUUGACAACCAUCAUCAACAUUGGUAUCGGUGGCUCGGACCUUGGCCCUGUUAUGGUGUCGGAGGCACUCAAGCCGUACGGUGCGCGCGACAUGAAAUUGCACUUUGUCUCCAACAUUGAUGGAACUCAUAUCGCCGAGGCCCUCAAAGACUCUGACCCUGAGACCACCCUCUUCCUGAUUGCGUCCAAGACCUUCACCACCGCCGAGACAACCACCAACGCAAACACGGCGAAGAAGUGGUUCCUGCAAUCCGCAAAGGAGUCGGACAUUGCCAAGCACUUUGUCGCCCUGUCCACCAACAAAGAGGAGGUGGCCAAGUUUGGCAUUGACACCAAGAACAUGUUUGGGUUCGAAAGCUGGGUCGGCGGACGAUACUCUGUCUGGUCUGCCAUCGGCCUGUCGGUGUGCCUGUACAUCGGCUACGACAACUUCCACGAGUUCCUGGCCGGCGGACACGCCAUGGACAACCACUUCAAGACCGCUCCGCUCCACGAGAACAUCCCCGUCAUCGCCGGCCUGCUGAGCGUCUGGUACUCUGACUUCUUCGGUGCCCAGACCCACCUGGUCUCGCCCUUUGACCAGUACAUGCACCGUUUCCCGGCCUACCUGCAGCAACUGACCAUGGAGUCCAACGGCAAGGCCGUCACCCGGACCGGCGAAUACGUCAAGUACACCACCGGAGCCAUCUUCUUCGGCGAGCCCGCCACCAACGCGCAGCACUCUUUCUUCCAGCUGCUGCACCAGGGCACGAAGCUCAUCCCGACCGACUUCAUCCUCGCCGCGAACUCUCACAACCCCGUCGAGGGCGGCCUGCACCAGCGCAUGCUCGCGUCCAACUUCCUGGCCCAGGCCGAGGCUCUCAUGGUCGGCAAGACCCCGGAACAGGUCAAGGCCGAGGGCGCCCCGGACGAGCUCGUCGCGCACAAGACCUUCUUGGGCAACCGGCCCACCACCAACAUCCUGGCCGAGCUGAUCACCCCCGGCGCUCUCGGCGCGCUGAUCGCCUACUACGAGCACAUGGUCUUCACCGAGGGCGUCAUCUGGAACAUCAACAGCUUCGACCAGUGGGGCGUCGAGCUUGGAAAGGUCCUGGCCAAGAAGAUCCAGAAAGAGCUCGAGACCGAGGGCGCCGGAGCUGACCACGAUUCCUCCACUGCCGGUCUGCUUGCCGCCUUCAAGGCCAAGAACGGUCUCAAAUAA